UGCUGUUGGGAGCAGCCAGAGUUAGGAAACCGUGAUGGAACCGAGCUUAGCGUAAGCCCUGGGCUGACCUGGGCCGAAGCGGGGCGGGCCCGAGUUUCGGUGGCUAGUGGGGCGGCUGGGGCGGAGCAGCUUCUGGGCCGGUACCAGGAAGCCUUGGUUGAGUGCUCCUGCUGGGCCAGCGCCACCCCGCCUUUUUGCCCCGCCGCAGCGGAUCCUCCUCCCGCCUGGACAGCUGGGUGGACCGGGUGUGCUGCCUGUGGCCAGACGGUCCUCCCUGCUUCCCUUCCAGCUGUUUCUGUGGCCCUGUCCAGGGCUGCCAGACGCUGACGUGGAGCAGCCCACUCCAGAACCCCAUGGAGAAGUUUGGGAUGAAUUUCGGGGGUGGCCCAAGCAAGAAGGACCUCCUGGAGACCAUAGAAACACAGAAAAAGCAGCUUCUCCAGUACCAGGCAAGGCUCAAGGAUGUGGUCCGAGCGUAUAAAAGCCUGCUGAAGGAGAAAGAGGCUCUGGAGGCCAGCAUUAAGGUACUGUCGGUAUCCCACGAGGCGGAUGUAGGCCUCUCAGGGGGGCAGCCUCCGGGUCUCACGUUUCCUGACUCUGCGGAUGACCGGUGCUCCACCCACAGUGAGGAUAGUACUGGAACCGCCACCAGCUUGGAUACUGCAGCCAGUCUUACGAGCAUCAAGGGUGAGUUUGGAGUCGAAGAUGACAGAGUGGCCCGUGGACCACUGCCUCCAAAGUCCGAAGAGGCCAGUGGGUCAGAGAGUGGCGUUAGUAGUAGCAGUGGGGACGGGCCAUCUGCGGGUGGUGAGAUGGACAAACGACUGCAGCAGCUGAAGGCUCAGUUAGCUACUUUGACUAGCUCCUUGGCCACAGUCACCCAGGAGAAGUCCCGCAUGGAGGCAUCUUACCUCGCGGAUAAGAAGAAAAUGAAACAGGAUUUGGAGGAUGCCAAUAAAAAAGCCGAGGAAGAGAGGGGCCGUCUGGAAGGAGAAGCGAAGGCGCUGCAGGAGCAGAUUGCAGAAACAAAAGCCCGACUCAUCACACAGCAGCACGAUCGAGCUCAGGAGCAGAGUGACCAUGCCUUGAUGCUGCGGGAGCUGCAGAAACUAUUGCAGGAGGAGCGGACCCAGCGCCAAGACCUGGAACUUCGCUUAGAAGAGACCAGAGAAGCCUUGGCAGGGCGGGCAUAUGCGGCUGACCAGAUAGAAGGGUUUGAACUGCAGACCAAGCAGCUGACUCGGGAGGUAGAAAAGCUGAAAGGCGAGCUGCAAGCAGUUCGGGAUGAGAAGAGCCGACCAGACCCCAGGCUGCACGAGCUUCAGCAAGAAGCCGCCCGGCUUAAAAGCCAUUUCCAGGCCCAGCUGCAGCAAGAGAUGAGGAAGACAGCCCUUGUGGAAGACCAGCUUCGCCAGCAGUCCCAGGUAGAAGAGCAAAGGGUAGCAGCCCUGGAGAACCAAAUCGCUGAGGUGUCCGAGCUGCUGGGCACCUACGAGAAAGCCAAACAGAAAGACCAGCUGGCCAUACAGAAGCUCAAAGAGCGAAUUUUGCAGCUGGACCUGGAGAACAAGACGCUGGCCCUGGCAGCCUCUAGCCGGCCCCCUGUCGACAUCCACGGAGACGAAUCCAGUCUGGAUAUCAAUGUCCUGAAGGACAAGAUGGAGAAGCUCAAGAGGCUCCUGCAGGUUGCAGCCAGGAAAAGCCAGGUGACCCUGGACGUGGAGCAGCUCUGUGACGCCUCCGAGGUGGUGCCCGCCUCGGAGGCUGCCGACGGGGAGAAGGCUACCGCGCGGUACUACCAACAGGAGCUCAAACAGCUGAAGGAAGAGUUCGAGCGUUACAAAACGAGAGCCCAGGUUGUGCUCAAGAGCAAGAACAGCAAAGACGGGAACCUGGCGAGGGAGCUGGAGGCAGCGCAGGACCAGCUUGCUGAGCUGAAGGAGAGGUACGUCUCCCUGAGGUUGUCCUGCGAGGAGCUGGAGUGCCAGCACCAGCAGGAGGCUGAGGACUGGAAGCAGGAGCUGGCCCGGCUGCAGCAGCUCCACCGGCAGGAACUGGAGCGCAGCCAGCUGGACUUCAGGGACCGCGCGCUGAAACUGGAAGACGAGCUGCACAAGCAGCGCGGCCGCGCCCUGGCUGUGCUUGCCGAGAAGGACUUGGAGCUGGAGCAGCUCCGCUCUGUGGCCUUGUCCUGCGGCUUGCCAGGACGCAGAAGCCCCGUGGGCGGAGCGGGUGGUGGAGCGCUCGGCGACCCAGCUGACGCGGCUUCUUCCUCAGACAGCUUGACCCAAGCCUUGCAGCUUGCUGCUGCCAACGAGCCCACUUUCUUCCUUUACGCUGAGCAGUUAGCCCGGAAGGAGGUGGAGAUCACGUCCCUGAGGAAGCAGAAACACAGGCUGGAAGUAGAGGCCCAUCAGCUGCAGGAAAGGCUGCUGGAGGAGGGGGAGAGGCAUCGGGAGGAAGUGAGAGCCCUUCAGAGCCACAUCGAAAAGAACGUCAGGGACCAGAGCAGGGAGGGGGCCAACCUGGAGUAUCUGAAGAACAUCAUUUACCGCUUCCUGACCUUGCCAGACAGCCUGGGCCGCCAGCAGACGCUCACGGCCAUCCUCGCCAUCCUGCACUUCAGUCCUGAGGAGAAGCAAGUGAUCAUGCGGCUCCCAAGUGGCGGGAGCUGGUGGCCUUCUGGCAAGAGAUGAUAGAUACCUUUCGAUCGACUCCAGAAAUCUCUGUGCCUCUUUCAUGUGGGAAGGGCAGGCUGCGACCUCUGCUGCCCCAUCUGUGGUCUCAUGUGUUUCCUCCCUGU